AUGUCCACGGAACAGUCGACCGGCUUCUCCAGCCGCAACUGGACCAGCCACCCCAGACCGGAAAGGUACGUGGGCCGUCAAGGUGACCUCCGCUCGGUGGAAGAAAUCGCUCCCGUUUUCCGGCACGUUUUCCACGAGUUCCGGCAGUUCAACGAGAUUCAAUCGCUAGUCAUGGACGAUAUGCUUUAUACGGACAAAUCGCUGGUGGUAAGUGCCCCGACCGGUUCCGGGAAAACGGCCAUUUUCGAACUGGCCAUGGUAAGAUUGUUGAUGAAGCUAGAGGAUUCCCGUUAUGAGGGGGACUACCGGAUGAUCUAUAUUGCGCCUAUAAAGGCUCUCUGCGCGGAGAAGUUCGCAGAUUGGAAAGGUAAGUUUGAGCCGUUGGGAGUAAAGACCGCUGAGGUCACUGGGGACACGGAGAUGAAGGAUUUCUGGGACUUGCCGGAUUGCAAUCUGAUACUGACCACGCCGGAGAAGUGGAACUCCAUUACGAGACGCUGGCGCCAGAAUGUGAACUUUGUCCGGAUGAUCCGGUUGGUGAUGAUCGAUGAGGUGCACAUUCUGAACGACCAGUACCGGGGACCGGUGUUGGAGGCCGUGGUUUCCCGGAUGAGGAGCAUUCAUCGGUUCGUUGAGGGGGAUGGAGGGGAAUCGGCGGUGGUGGACCCGAUGAGGAUUAUAGCGCUGUCCGCUACGGCGCCCAACGUGGCGGAUUUGGCCGCGUGGGUCGGAGAAGCGAACACGACCUGUUUCUACAAUAUCUCCGAAUCUCGUCGUCCCAUCAAGAUCGACAAGCACGUGCUCGGUUACUACUGUGACCCCAGCACAUCCCCGUUCCGAUUCGACAUGAAUUUGAACUACAAGCUGUUUGAAGUCAUCUGCAAGUAUUCCAGUGGUCGUCCAUCGCUCGUCUUCUGUAGCACUCGCAAAGCUACGGAAUCGGCUUCUAAACAUCUGGUUGAACAGCAUUCGCUACGUUUGACUCCGGAUCAGGUUUCGGCCCUCCAGGUCGUGGCCAACCAGCUGCAGAAUGGCGAUCUCAAAAGGCGGCUGUUGGCCGGAGUUGGUUAUCAUCAUGCCGGGUUGAGCAUUGCGGAUCGACAGCUGAUCGAAGACGCGUUCCGGGCUGGACGCAUUCCGGUUCUGUGUUGCACCAGCGGUCUUGCUAUGGGAGUGAACCUACCGGCGCACUUGGUGAUCAUCAAAUCGACACAGAUGUACACCGACUACGGCAUGGAGGAGUAUCCGGAAAGUAGCAUCUUCCAGAUGAUUGGCCGCGCUGGACGGCCUCAGUUCGACACUUUCGGAGUGGCUGUCAUCAUGACCCAGAGAGAAAACGUGCAUUUAUAUCCCAUGUAA